AGAUCUGAUUUUUCAAUUCGAGAUUUCAUUCUUCGAUUAAUCGAGGGUUCAACGGCUAAUCCAAAAUCGAUGACCUUACAAUUGAUGAAACUCAUCGGCACUCCACGAGAUCCGGCCCCUACAGUACCUGUGCAGAACACAACUUUACAAGACCAGGAAUUUGAAAAGGAAAUUUUUAUUGAUCCUGUUGGUGUUCCUGAUGAUGAUCUUAUUAUUGAUCACAUAGAUGUUGUUCCUAUUACCGUUGCUGAUAUUGUUGUUGCUGUUUCUGGUGACGAUCAACGAAACCACACACUCCAAGAAAAAUAUUCAAGAGAUGAUGUCAUUUUUUAUGGAUGCACGGAAACUUUUGGGAGGUCAGGAAGUGACGUUGUUGUCCUUUAUAAUUCCGAGGAUGUUGCACGUGAUUGCAUAAUAUUCCUACUCUUGGUUGCCCGGAACUGUUUACUUGACACUGGGAAUGUUUUAGACGUGACUCGUUCUUUUGGUGCUCCAAGGAUCAAGGUGUUUGACCCUGGAGGAUGGACGAUGAACGAUAUUGCUAACUCCUCCUCUUACAUGCGUGGAGCAUCUUUGUACAAGAAACGACGUCGUUUUCCGUUCUGCUUCCAUCCGGAAUUUCGACCCACCCCAAAUUUCUGGCCUGGAAGCAAAGAACCGAAUGAAAUGGCCGCUCACUGCGUCUCCAUAGCCACCGCUGCUACCGCCGGAAUCUACGAAUUCCGUCGGAGGAAAUCCGUCAAACUCGCCGCAGAGGUUUUAAACUUCCCAUGGAAUGGUGCUCCGACCCGAAUUCCACUCCAAUCCACCAGUUUCGGACCCUUUCUUCCAAAGCGUUCGCUCAUCAAAGCAUCUGUCUCCAUCAGCCUCCCAUCUUCGAAUGCAGAUGGAGCUGUCUCUGUGAAGAAUCUUCCCGAUCGUAGAUGGUCAUCGAAGGCGAUUAAGUCGUUUGCAAUGUCCGAACUGGAAGCAAGGAAACUCAAAUAUGCCACAACUGGGACGGCAGCGCUACUCAUGGGUAUUCUAAUUGAGGGAACAAGUUUUGCUUCAAAGUAUUUGUGGGCCAUUGGUAUUACCCUUCUCAAAGUUCGCGAAGAAACCAUUAAGGUUUGUGGGAAAGCAAGCUAUUAUACAUCUUGUCCCGAGCAUCCUCCUUUGACAGAAGAUGCAGAGAAAGCUCUUGAUUGGGCUCUCAGCAACGAAGCCAAAACUGGUGGAGAUGGAGAGAUUACAACAACUCAUUUGCUACUUGGAAUUUGGUCGCAAGAGGGGUCACCGGGUCACAAGAUCAUGGCUUCUCUAGGCUUCAACAAUGAAAAAGCUCAAGAGCUGAAGGACUUGAUUUCUAAACCUGGCUUUAAUGAGGACUAGUGGUUGAUCAAGGCUGCCUGCUAUUGAGGCAUAAGGGCAUUUGUAGUGAUGGCAUUUCCGCCGCGCCGCACAAAUCCCGAGACCACGCCUCGCCUUUCGCUGCAGAUCUUCCGCCGCGGCACUCGCCCGAAAAGCGGCGCAAAGCCGCGCAUGAAAUGGGAUUGU